UUAUUGUGUAUAGGGUUACUCGGGUCUGGCAGUAUACUCGGGGACAAAGUUUUAUGUGGAGGGUCUGUCACAGGCUAUGAGAAAUGAGCUGAUCGGGACAGGGAUCCGAGUCACAUGCAUACAGCCUGGAGAUGUAACAACAGAACUAUUUCAGCAUACCACGGACACUGAGGCAAAGGAAAAAUAUGAUGUUCAUGAAAAAACAAAGAUUUUGGAACCAGAGGACGUUGCCAAUGCUGUGGUUUAUGCUGUAUCUCAACCAGAACAUGUUGGAGUCAAUGAAAUACUCAUUGAACCUAGAGAAGCUCCACUGUGAAAACACAUUCACAUCGUUUUGUUUCCAGAUAGUCCCACUAAUACUAUAGCUUUCUUUAGCAGGACAUUUUAGUAUUGCCUCAGUCUGUCAUACAUUUUAUGUAUAUAUUAAUACAUGGGAGAGCGGUGCCUUUGAGUGAUAAUGGCCCUGACAAUCUUCCUCCAGUGGCAAAGGCACCGCUCUUCCAUGUUUAACCUGUUUAUUACAUGUUUACCUAUAAUGUAGCAAGAACAGUUUAGUGUGCCAAUUUCAUAGAAACUAGAUAUCUAGUAUCUCCUAGCAUAAUUUUCAGCUUUUGAGCUUAUAUUUUAUUUCUAUUCUAUACUAUAUAGAAUCAAUUGUACUUUGUUGCUUAUAAUACAAUUUGGGAUUGAAAAUAAGUUAUUUCACGAAAAAUACACGAUCCCCGUGCUAACGUCAGGGCCAUUUUCGUUAAGGGCCCUGGAGCCAAUUUUGAUGAUGUGGUUAUGCCUGAAGCAAUACGAUAACAGAAUUAUCAGCACAAGUCAAGUCAAGUCAAUAUUUAUUUAUUGUAGGUAGAUAAAAUAACAUUAUAAAAAUUGCACAAAAUUGUUAUUAUCAAUAAGUACUCCUGUAAUAAUUUGCAGUUUUAAUUGAUACCUAGUAUAUGAAUGCUUCAAAAAUGAAAUACAUUAAAUAUACUUAUUUAAAAUA